CUAAGUAAGAAGAGACAAUGGAUCUGGUUGUGUUCCUGGGGCUCUGUCUCUCCUGUUGGUUUCUCCUUUCACUCUGGAAACAGAGCUCCAGGAAAGGGAAGCUCCCACCUGGCCCCACUCCUCUCCCUAUUAUUGGAAAUAUCCUACAGUUAGAUGUUAAGGACAUCAGCAAAUCCUUAAGCAAUCUCUCAAAACUCUAUGGCCCUGUGUUCACUCUGUAUUUGGGCUUGAAGCCCACUGUGGUGCUGCAUGGAUAUGAAGCAGUGAAGGAAGCCCUGAUUGAUCUGGGAGAGGAGUUUUCCGGAAGAGGCAGUUUCCCAGUGGCUGAAAGAGUUAAUAAAGGACAUGGAAUCCUUUUCAGCAAUGGAAAGAGAUGGAAGGAGAUCCGUCGUUUCUCCCUCAUGACUCUGCGGAACUUUGGGAUGGGGAAGAGGAGCAUUGAGGACCGAGUUCAAGAGGAAGCCCGCUGCCUUGUGGAAGAGUUGAGAAAAACCAAUGCUUCACCCUGUGACCCCACUUUUAUCCUGGGCUGUGCUCCCUGCAAUGUGAUCUGCUCCAUUAUUUUCCAGAAUCGUUUUGAUUAUACAGAUCAGACUUUUCUUAACUUGCUGGAAAAAUUUAAUGAAAACCUCAGGAUUAUGAGCUCUCCAUGGAUACAGGUCUGCAAUAAUCUCCCUGCUCUCAUUGAUUAUCUCCCAGGGAGUCAUAACAAAAUGCUUAAAAAUUUUGAUUAUUUGAAAAGUGCAACAUGA